AUUAUUAUUAUUAUUGUUAAUUAUGCCUAAAGAUAUACGAAAUUAUCAUACAAUCUCACUGAACACUUUCUUUUUCAGACAUUACUAUAAAUAUAAUAGUGGGAAAAUUAUUAAUUAUGCCAGGUGCACAUACAUUCUACGAUGGUUCAAAUGUUUUACAACCAAUUGCAGAUAUAAUUGGCCUUGAGGUUGAUAAGGUCAACUUGCUUUUAUGCCAGCUUAUAUCGUUACCAUUAGCUUAUUUCCACUAUCAUCUAUUUAAUUUGACUCGGAUUUCACAAACAACACGUGUUCUAUGUCCUACUAUUUUGGGCUUAUUGUUUUGUUACUUUUGUUUUGGAAAUGCAGUAAAACAUUUGUUAUUACUAGUUGGCUUGUCAUAUACAAUUAUGCGUUUCUCUCCACCCGAAAUUGUACACAAAUGUAUAUUUAUGUUCGCUAUGGGUUACCUCGUUUUCCUACAUUGGUAUCGCUGGUACGUACUGACCACUUACUAUCUCGAUGUUACCGGCCCAAUGAUGAUACUUGUUCAGAAAGUCACAUUGCUUGCUUUUGCUUUACACGACGGUAGGUCGAAGAAAAGUGAGGAAUUAAAUGAUAUACAGAAAAAAGAAGCCCUCACAUCACUGCCUGAUAUACUGAACUUUCUAAGUUAUAUGUUUCAUUUUCAAGCAGUAUUAACUGGGCCAGCUUGUUUUUACACUGACUAUAUAACAUGGAUUAAUGGGAAAGCCGCUGUUGGUAAAGAUGGGAAGAUUGAGAAACCAUGGCAUGCAGUAUUGAAUAAAUUAUUACAAGCAGUGGUGUUUAUGUUAUUAUAUGUUUUUCUUGGUGAUUGUUUUACUCCUGACAUUAUCAUCGAUAAGAAAUAUAUGAACCUAAAUUGGAUUCAGGGAUUAUUUAUAUUGUACAUUGUAAUGGCUUUUCAACGUGUGCCAUAUUAUGUUGCAUGGACUUUGGCUGAUGCGAUAUUUAAUUUGAGUGGAUUUGGAUUUAAAGGUUAUGAUUCAGACGGUAAACCUCAAUGGGAUCUGGUUUCCAACGUCAAACCUUGGAAAGUUGAGACAGCACUAAAUUUCAAAGAGACGUUAGAAGCAUGGAACUGUUGUACAAUGUACUGGCUGCGACGUGUUGCAUAUGAUCGCGCUCCAAAAGGGUACCGGACUCUAUCCACGUAUUUGUUGUCAGCAGUUUGGCAUGGCUUCUUUUUGGGUUACUAUGUCACUUUCUUGACUGGCGCUCUGUUCACCGUUUCUGCACGAACGAUACGUCGUUGCUUACGUUGGCGCUUCCAAAGGAAUGAAUUUCUGCGACGUUUAUAUGACUUACUUACAUUUGUUGUCACAAAGAUCGCUUUAUCUUAUGCAUCAUAUCCAUUUGUGAUGUUACACCUCGGACCCGGCCUAUACUUUUACAGGAUUGAAUAG